UUUCUCACGAUUCUCUAGCUUAAUCAUUUUUCAACUAAUAUGGACGUUAAGGAUAAAGUAGUAAUUGUGACCGGAGGGGCUCGAGGUAUCGGAUAUGCAAUCGUCGAACAUUUUUUAAAAAAUGGAGCACAGUAUGUUGGCGUAUUUGAUCUGUUUGAAAGAGACGACGACCGAGUCACCAACAGUUUCAGCAAACUCGCCGGGACAUUUGAAGAAUCGAGAUUCGAAUACUACAGGUGCGACGUAACAGACGAUAAACAGUUUCGAGACAAUUAUAUGAAAGUUUUGAAGUUGAAAAACUACGUGGACGUUCUUGUCAAUAAUGCUGGCGUGGCAGAUGAAAAUAAUUACGCUCGCAUGAUCGACAUUAAUUACACGGCCGUCGUACGAGGAACUUUAAUCGCAAUUGAGCAUAUGAGAUUAGACAAAGGUCACAAGGGUGGAGUUGUUGUAAACAUCGCUUCAUUUUUAGGUUUAGUCAACGCUUCUCUAGCACCUGUUUACAAUGGCACAAAACACGCCGUUGUGUCUUUCACUCGUUCCAUGAAGUCACAUUUUGACAAAUUGGGUGUUCGAGUUAAUGCUGUGUGCCCUGGUAUGACGGUGACGGACAUGAUUGAACCGACAACUAUGCGCAAAAAUGUUUUUGAAUUCGUUACUGACGAAAUGGUGCACGAGCCUCUGAGCGUUUAUCAACAGAAACCCGAUAACGUUGCAUUCGCCGUUGUAGAAAUAGUUCUAAAAGGCAAGCCAGGAGACGUUUGGUUGGCUCAAAAUGAUGAGCCAUACGUAAAUACUGGAGAAGAAACUGAUUUGAAUAAGUUGCGAGUUCCUUUUUAAUAUUUUACAAAAACCACUGGACGAGUUUGAGUCUCUGCAUAUAAAAAUCAUCUGUUUCAUACUGU